UAUGUUACAAGCUAAUCGAUAAUCGAGAGAACAUAAGUUACGAAUCAGUGAAAGCAUUCAUAAUCAUAUUAAUAUAUAUAUAUAUAGCUAUUAUCUACAUUUGAUGCAAAUUUCGGACUUCAAUGGAACCAUUUGUUAAUAUUUUUUUUGCUAUAGAUGAGCAACAGAAUGAAACAAUUACAAGAGAUGAACUGAGACGUUAUGUAAAACAUAAUCAUUUAGAUGAAGGGAUGAUAACGAGAUGGCAAUCAUUAUUCGAUCCAACAAAUAGUGGUAUUAUAACAUUUCAAAAAUUUUGUGAUGUCCUCGGUGUCAAACCGGAACAAGCACGUACUCUUCGGAAGAGUGUUAUCAAUAAUCGACCACUGCCGAAAGAUUUACAAAUAAUCUCACAAAAUAUGUCAUCAGAAGAUCAAUUUCAAAUAUUUGAAUUUGUUCGAUCAUUGUUAGAUAAAAACUUAUCAGUUCAAGAUACGACACAAAUGAUAAAACAAUGGCUUGAUAAGACAUUUGACCCUUCAUGGCAUGUUGUUAUAAUCGAUGGCUCAUAUUGGAUAUCAUAUUCACAUUUACCUGAACAAUCUUUACAAUUUCGAUUGAAAGAAAAGUGUUAUUUAGUAUGGCGCACACCUAAACAUUGAAAUUGAAUCAAAGAAAAUUAUGAUAAUUCCAGCUACUUAACGAGUAUUUAUUCGUCAUUGAAUUAUGUUUACUCAUAUUGUUGUUUAAUCAACCGCAUACAUAUACAACUAUCAACUCAAGUGUCAAACUAUCAUUUACUUUAUUUAGUGUUCACCAAACUAUUUUAAUUUAAAUCCUUCACAGUUUAAUCACAUCAUAACUUACACAUUACCGUAUACAAUUUAUUUAUUUUGUUGAACUGUCAUAUUGAUGUGUAUGUGAGCUUGAAACUGUAACAUAUGCGUUUGUGUCAUGCUCGAAAAUAUAAGUUAUAAAAGUUACUUCAAUAUACCUCUUUGAAUGUUAGUUAUUUCUUAUUUUAAGCUGAACUGACUAUCACGUAAUAUUUUGUAGUUUAUACUUGAUUGAAAGUUUUCUGGAUGGAAUUUCAUUAAUUCAGUAUGAGAUCAGUCGGCACAUAUACAUACCAUAUAAUUAAUUUCUUAUCAUCUAUCCAUCUAUCUAUCUAUCUAUCUA